AAUGCUCAGAAACUGCGUUUCUCCUUGUGCCUCUAUAUACGAAAGCUUCAAGUGUUGUUGCGAUCUCCCAAUUUCUGACGUCAAUUCGCAUCCUUCACGCUCCAAAUCAUUCGCUCCGCCGAUCAGAUUGAUCGAAAGUCCCAAAGAUCAGCUAUGAAUUUCUUCAAAUCCGUCUUCUCCGACGACCCAGAUCCUCCAGGAACCGAAUCUGAAUCCGAUUCACCAAAACACAGCGAAGAUCCAGAUCAAUCUAAUCCAGAACACGAAGACGACGACAACGGCGGAUGGAGCUUCGGUGGUCUGAUGAAAACCAUAGCCGACAGAUCCGAGUCCGUGAUCGAAACCUACCGGCGAGAUCUAGAAGAGUUCGGGACAGGCUUGAAGAAGGAGAUCGAAGUCGCGCAGGGAUCGCUCGGCACCGUCGGACACGCCAUCGACGAGCUUGGGAACACCGUGAUUAAAGGCACGGCUGAGAUCAUCGCUCAAGGCAAAGAAGCGAUCUUGGCCGCCGGUAACGAAUCUGAUUCUUCUGAUAACACUAGCUUGGGCCGUCGCGAUAGCUUUAGCUCGAAGCCGUAUAGUCGUUUCGAUGCUCAGGUUCGCGCCGUUCAGGGAGAUCUCGGCACUUACAGCGAAGAGCCUGAGGAUUCGGAUGAUUACAAGAAGUGGGAAUCUGAGUUUUCUCUGGGAGAGGAGAUGGAGAGCUUGUUGGAGGGGAAUGCAGAUAUGAGAGGAGUGUAUAAGAGGGUUGUUCCUAGUGUGGUUGAUCAUGAGACGUUUUGGUUUAGGUAUUUCUAUAAGGUUUAUAAGCUCAAGCAAGCUGAAGACUUGAGGGCUAAUCUUGUGAAACGAGCUAUUUCUUUGGAUGAUGAGGAGGAGUUGAGCUGGGAUAUUGAUGAUGAAGAGGAGACCAGCGAGGUAGUUGCUGCCAAAGAUGUUUCAAGAUUGAAACUUGAAGGGAAUGAUGAUGUGGGUAGCGGAGUUGUGAGCAAGACUGAGAAAGAUGAAGUGACAGUGUCUGAAGUUAGCAAUGUUGGUCUGAAGACAGACACAGAUUCUGCAGAGAAGAAGGAAACUGAUAAUGAACAAGUUCCAGAAUCAAAACCAGUAGUUGAUGCUGCAAAACCAGUAGUUGAUGCUAUUACUCCUCCUCUUCCUGCAUCUGAGGAGGCUCCAAUCGAAGUUACGGUCAAACCAGAAGCUGUUCCCAAAUCCGAAGAGAAUGCUCCAUCUCAAGACUCAGCUGCUAAACCAGAUGGUGCUGUUUCUUCAUCAACUCAAGAAGAGGAUUUGGGAUGGGACGAGAUUGAGGAUAUGAGCAGCAUCGAUGGAAAGGAAGCGAGUCGUUCAAGUGGUGGAAGUCCAAACAGGGCUGAGCUGCGUAAACGCCUGAGUACUGCAGAGGAAGAUGAAGACUUAAGUUGGGACAUUGAAGAUGAUGACGACGAAGAAACAUCACCAUCAACAAAAGCUUAAUGUAGUCUACGUGUUUGUGCUUUUUUAUUUCUCUCCUACUUAAUCAUAUCACCAUUCUGUUGUUUUCUCUUUAAACGUUCUGUUUUUAUUUGAUUUGAAAAUCAUAUGCUAUAAAUUUGAUUUGGUCUUAGUGUGCCAAUCCCUAUACUAUAUUUGCUAA